AUGUUCGCCACCAUCGGCUACAUCCUGCCCGAGUACUGGAGGUUCCCCGGCUACCUCUCCAAGUACCUGGACAUCAAGUUUUCCGACGUGCCCAACGGCCUUAGUGCACUCUCCAAGGUUCCUGCCUUCGGUUGGCUUCAGAUCGUGGGCUUCGCCGGAAUCGUGGAAGUGAACAUCUACAACGAACAGAUCAACAAUGAGCCGGGCAACUACGGCGCAGGCUUCCUCGGCCUGAGGUCCAUCGGCAUCAUGAACACCGGCAUCCAGGACCCCGAGACUCGCAAGAAGAAGCUGAACGCUGAGUUGGCCAACGGCCGCCUGGCCAUGUUUGCCAUCAUCGGGAUGUUCUUCCAGGACGGCCUUACUGGUUCCGCCUGGGGCGACUGGGCCUUGUACACCGGCUCGCCUCUGCGCGCCUUCGAGGAGGAGCUCGGUGUCCAGGCUCCUGUGGGCUUCUGGGAUCCGGUCGGUUACACCCGCGAUGGAAGCGUGGAGACCUUCAAGCGUCGCCGAGAGACGGAGAUCAAGCACGGGCGAGUCGCCAUGUAUGCCACGCUCGGGUACAUCGUUCCGGAGUAUUUCAAGUGGCCCGGCUUCCUGUCUCCCUCCUUGGGAUUGAAGUUCUCGGACGUGCCAAACGGCCUGGCUGCCAUCACCAAGGUGCCGGGUGCAGGCUGGGCUCAGAUCGUGGCCUUCGCCGGCUACUACGAGCUCUUUGUGUAUAAGUACAGCGGCACCCCCGGCGACUACGGCUGGAAGGUCAUCACGUCCAGCGACCCAGAGGGUUUGAAGAAGAAGUUGAGCGCUGAGAUUGCCAACGGCCGCCUGGCCAUGAUGGCGAUCAUUGGCAUGUUCUUCCAGGACGGACUCACCGGCUCCGCCUGGGGCGACUGGGCCAACUACACGGACUCCCCUCUGCGCGCCUUCGAGGAUCAGACUGGAGUGCAGCCGCCUGUCGGAUUCUGGGACCCCCUGGGUCUCUCCGCAAGCGGCAAUGUCUCGGACUUCAAUCGCCGCCGUGAGGUGGAGCUCAAGCACGGACGAGUGUCGAUGUUCGCCACCAUCGGCUACAUCCUUCCGGAGUACUGGAGGUUCCCCGGAUACCUCUCCAAGUACCUGGACAUCAAGUUCGCCGAUGUGCCCAACGGCCUGAGUGCUUUCUCCAAGGUCCCUGCAUUCGGCUGGCUGCAGAUCGUCGGCUUUGCCGGCAUCGUGGAGGUCAACAUCUACAACGAGCAGAUCAACAACGAGCCGGGCAACUACGGAGCAGGCUUCCUCGGCUUGAGGUCCAUCGGCAUCAUGAACACCGGCAUCGAGGACCCUGAGACUCGCAAGAAGAAGCUCAAUGCUGAGUUGGCCAACGGACGCCUUGCCAUGAUGGCUAUCAUUGGCAUGUUCUUCCAGGACGGCCUGACCGGCUCUGCCUGGGGUGAUUGGGCCAACUACACUGCUUCGCCUCUGCGAGCCUUCGAGGAGGAGCUGGGCGUUCAGCCUCCAGUUGGCUUCUGGGACCCUGUGGGCUACACUCGCGACGGAAGUGUGGAGACCUUCAAGCGCCGCCGAGAGACGGAGAUCAAGCAUGGUCGCGUGGCGAUGUAUGCAACCAUGGGCUACAUCGUGCCUGAGUACUUCAAGUGGCCAGGAUUCCUGUCGCCCUCCCUCGGUCUCAAGUUCUCGGAUGUCCCCAACGGCCUUGCCGCAAUCUCCAAGGUUCCUGGCGCCGGCUGGGCGCAGAUCGUGGCCUUCGCCGGCUACUACGAGCUCUUCGUGUACAAGUACAACGGAACCCCAGGUGACUACGGCUGGAAGCCAAUCACGUCGGCUGAUCCUGAGGGGCUGAAGAAAAAGCUCAGCGCGGAGUUGGCCAACGGUCGCCUUGCCAUGAUGGCCAUCAUUGGCAUGUUCUUCCAGGACGGUCUGACAGGCUCUGCCUGGGGUGAUUGGGCCAACUACACCGACUCCCCGCUGCGCGCAUUCGAGGAUCAGACUGGCGUGCAGCCCCCUGUCGGCUUCUGGGAUCCCCUCGGCCUGUCGGCUAGCGGCAACGUCUCGGAUUUCAAGCGCCGACGUGAGGUCGAGCUGAAGCACGGACGCGUCGCCAUGUUCGCCACCAUCGGCUACAUCCUGCCAGAGUACUGGAGGUUCCCGGGAUACCUCUCCAAGUACCUGGACAUCAAGUUCGCGGACGUGCCCAAUGGCCUGAGCGCUUUCUCCAAGGUGCCCGCCUUCGGCUGGCUGCAGAUCGUGGGAUUCGCCGGCAUCGUGGAGGUGAACAUCUACAACGAGCAAGUCAAGGAUGAGCCCGGCAACUACGGCGCCGGUUUCCUCGGAUUGAGGUCCAUCGGCAUCAUGAACACCGGCAUCGAGGACCCAGAGACGCGAAAGAAGAAGCUCAACGCGGAGUUGGCCAACGGACGCCUUGCCAUGUUUGCCAUCAUUGGCAUGUUCUUCCAGGACGGCCUUACUGGCUCUGCCUGGGGUGAUUGGUCGCUGUACACUGCAUCGCCUCUCCGAGCCUUCGAGGGUGAGCUUGGCGUCCAGGCGCCCGUGGGAUUCUGGGAUCCUCUGGGACUCUCGGCGGAUGGCGACGCCGAGGUCUUCAAGCGACGCCGCGAGGUGGAGCUGAAGCACGGACGUAUCUCCAUGUUCGCCACCAUCGGCUACAUCGUGCCGGAGUACUUCCGCUGGCCUGGAGAGCUCUCCCCGAAGCUCGGCCUGAAGUUCACGGACAUCCCCAAUGGCCUGGCUGCUUUGACGAAGGUGCCAGGUCAGGGGUGGGGGCAGAUUGUGGCCUUCCUGGGCACGUACGAGCUCUUCAUCAACAAGCCGGUUGGCGAUGAGCCCGGCAACUACGGCAAGGGCAACCUGGGUCUGGGCUUCCUGCCCUCCGUGGCCGACCCCGAGGCGCGCACUCGCAAGCUCUCCGCGGAGCUUGCAAACGGACGCCUUGCGAUGAUGGCCAUCAUCGGCAUGCUCUUCCAGGAUGGCCUGACCGGCUCUGCCUGGGGUGACUGGGCCCUUUACACCGACUCGCCCCUGCGCGCCUUCGAGCAGGAGCUGGGUGCUCAGCCACCUCUCGGAUUUUGGGAUCCCGUCGGAUUCACCAAGGACGGCAGCGCCGAGAACUUCAAGCGACGCCGCGCCGUUGAGAUCAAGCACGGCCGCGUUGCCAUGCUCGCAACCAUGGGCUACAUCACCCCGGAGAUCGCCGGAAAGUUUGGAGGGAUCUGUGCCACU